AUGCUGCGGCUGCCAUGGCCAUGUCGGCCUUCCCCAUUGCACCACUACUGCGCUCUCCGCUAUCGGCGUCCCCUCGCCCUUCGUCCUUUGCGCACGCGACGCGGGUUCUCGAGCUCAUCUGUGUCAUUCCCUACCUCUUCGCAGUUCGACAGAACCGAUUUCACAAAUCAACCCUUCUCCGGCGUAUACGAACCCGGGCUUCCAACGGCCGGCCCUCUGGGAACCACACCAGCCUUCGGAGCUCCGCGCAUUACGCCGAAAUCAUUGAAACAAUAUCUGGACCAAUUUGUUGUUGGACAGGACCGUGCAAAGAAGAUCCUCAGUGUCGCAGUAUACAAUCAUUAUCAACGGGUUCAAGAGCUCCAGAGGCGCCAAGAAGAAGCCGAGGAAUUGCUCGCCAAGCGGCUGCGCAGAGAGGACAUCGAGAGACGCCAGGAGGAACAUGAGGAUCUUCUAGCCGAGCAUGCGAGCAGGAAGCCCGUUGAGCGCCAUCCGGUGGAGGACGAGUACCCAGGUCAACCACGCACGACAUACCUGGACCCUUUACCUACACAGCCACCUAUCGCCACGGACAAGGCAGAACUUGACGAAUCGAACCAACUACAAAUUGAGAAAUCCAAUGUUCUUCUAUUGGGGCCUUCCGGAGUGGGCAAAACACUCAUGUCGAAGUCACUAGCUAAAGUAUUAUCGGUCCCAUUCAGCAUCUCAGACUGCACCCCCUUUACACAGGCUGGUUAUAUUGGAGAAGAUGCAGAAGUAUGCGUACACAGACUAUUAGCGGCUGCCAACUACGACGUCGAACAAGCGGAGCGUGGAAUAAUUGUUUUGGAUGAGAUAGACAAGAUCGCCAAGACGACCACCACAGGGGGACAUGGAGGAAAUCGCGAUGUUUCCGGCGAAGGAGUCCAACAAGCCCUAUUGACCAUAAUCGAGGGAACGACGGUGCAAGUCCAUGUGAAACAGGAACGAAAUGCACCACGUAUGAACGGAACGCCCAGUUCUUCUACGCCUUAUCCUUCAAAUAAUCCUAUAGGAAACCCUCCAUUCACUCCCCCAAGUGGCGGCAACAUGCCUCAAAAGGGCGAGGUCAUCAAUGUCCGCACCCAUAACAUCUUAUUCAUAUGCUCCGGCGCAUUCGUCGGAUUGCACAAGGUCGUGAUGGACCGAAUAUCGCGUGGAUCAAUGGGCUUCGGCCAACCAGUUCGGACUCCACCCCAGACUCACACAGACCGACCGCAUUCUUCCGACCCUGCAGCUAGUCAACCCAUCCCAAUCCUUCCGGGCUCGGAAGAAGAAGCCCUCUACAGGAAACAUCUUCCGUUUUUUACGCCUCCGUCAGUGUCAUCACCUGAUGCCGAACCUACCUAUUUUAACCCUCUAGACCUCAUCAACCAAACCGACCUCCAAAAUUACGGCUUCAUUCCGGAGCUCGUAGGCCGCAUUCCGGUCAAUGCCGCCCUAUCAGCCCUAACUCAGCCCUUACUCGUCCGCAUCCUCACCGAACCCCGCAAUUCUCUAGUCGCCCAAUACACCACGCUCUUCUCUCUAUCCGGAAUUGAACUUCGCUUCACAACGCCCGCUUUGCACAAAAUUGCCGCUAAUGCCUUUACAAUGGGCACAGGGGCCCGCGCUCUCCGCACGGAAAUGGAAACUAUUCUCAGCGACGCAAUGUUCGAGACACCGGGUUCAAGCGUGAAAUUCGUCCUCGUCACGGAAAGCGUAGCUGAGCGUAACGAAAAGCCAGUGUAUCUUGGCCGUGGCCAGGGAGGGCGCUUCCACUCUAUGAUUGCUGCGGAGGAAGAUCAGUGGGGAGAGAGGAUGCGGCAGAAGAAGCUAAAAGAUAAGAGGGCGAAGUCUCAGGCUACUAGGUUCGGGGAAGGUCCGUCCAUCUCUUCUUUUAGAGAGUAUCGGAGUAAAGCGUCUGGGUCGUGA